AUGACUAUUCGUUUAAAACAUUGCAAACCACCACCAGCAGCAAAAACAGUACCAAUAGGAGAGAAUGUUAUCUUUACAAAUCUUUCAUGUUGUAUAUAUUUACAAUGUAAUUGUGGUGGAUUAUUUCGUGCUUGUCUCGAUUGGCGCGAGAUUUGUAAUGGUAAAAUUGAUUGUAUUAAUGGAGGUAUUGAUGAAGCAUAUUGUGAUCAAUUAGAAAUAAAUGAAUGCAAAGAGAAUGAAUAUCGAUGUCAUAAUGGUCAAUGUAUUCCAGAAGUAUUUUUACGAGAUGAUCUAAUUAAUCGGGAAUGUCUAGAUGGAACAGAUGAACCUACUUUACCAGAUUAUCCUAAUUCAUGUUCAUUCGAUCCAGCAUUUCGUUGUGAAGAUAUAACAUGUCGGCCAGGAAUAGUUAAAGAUUUCGCGUGCGGUGAUGGUGAAUGUACAUUGACUACAUGUACGAAUAAACGAGAUGUACUGUUUAAAAAAGAAAUGAUUGAAAUGACAUCAAAUAUAUCAAAUCAAUGUCGGGAUAUUAUGGUAUGUAUUAGUGGUCUCAACAAAUGUGAAACAGAAUUGGAUACAGAAGAACAUUGCCCAGAACUCUUUCAAUUUCCUGAAGUUCCUAUUCUGUAUGGGCACGUUCAAUUUAUUUACGAGGGUGAAUAUUCUCCUGAUCUUAUACAACAAAAUCGACGUCUUUACUUUCAAACGGUAUGUGAUGGAGUCAUCGAUUUAUUGCUUUUUCCUAUACUAAUUAAUGGACAAAAGCAUACGGAUGAAACAGAAUGUGACAUGUGGCAAUGUAAUAACAGUUACACACGUUGUGAUGGCAAUUGGAAUUGCUUCAAUGGUGCUGGUGAAGUGAAUUGUCCUCCAUCUAAAUGCCCUCUAUUUGAACAUAUGUGUGUUUCACCUUUGAAUAAUUCUCUUAUUUGUUUACCUAUUGAAAAAGCUGGAGAUGGAAAUGUUGAUUGUCUCGGUGCAUCGGAUGAACGACAAUUGUGUCGAAGACAACAUCCUCAUUUAAACGCAAUUCGUUUUUGGUGUAGUAAAAGCACAAGUUGUAAGAUGCCGAUUGAUCUUUGUUCUGGUAGAAAAGAAUGUCUCUAUGGCGAUGAUGAACAGUUUUGUACAUCUGGAUGUCCACGAUGUUCGAACUUAUACAGAAAUCAAACAGAAGUCGAAAACUUCCUAUGUACUUUGACUGAUGUUGGAAAAAAGAAAUUUGUCCCACUCUCAUUGAGUGAUUCACGUAUUUAUCCUGUUGAACUUAAAAGUGCAAAUGUAAAACAAGAUUUUGUUCCAGUUGAUGGAAGUCUUGUUGUUGAAAAGAAAAUUGAACUAGUACAGCGUAAUAUUAAUUUAACAUCAAUUUGGCGAUGUAAUCGAGGAUUAAAUAUUCGUGUUUGGCUCGGAGGUAAUAAUAUGAAGGAAAAAUGUCUUUGUCCACCAACGUAUUAUGAAGAUCUUUGUCAAUAUCAAAAUCAACGUGUUAGUCUCACCUUACAAGUGCAUGCUUUGUUUAAUUCACAAACAAUAUUUGUACUUGUUUUGACAUUGAUCGACGAUGACGAUCAACAUAUUAAUUCUUAUGAUCAGAUUGAAUAUUUAUCAGUUCGAGAUUGUAAUACAAAAUUCAAUCUUUAUCUUCUCUUUUCAACUAGACCAAAAAAUCUUUCAAAAAAUUAUAUUAUUCGAAUUGAUGCUUUUAAAAAAGUUUCGUUGGCAUAUCAUGCUAGUUGGUUAUUUCCUAUUCAAUUUCCAUUCUUACCUGUUCAUCGAAUGGCUUUGCAAAUCAAUAUUCCUACUCAAUCAAUAAAAAAAUGUUCUAUCAAUUGUGGUAUACAUGACCAAUGCUUGAAAUACGAAAAUACAGAAACAUACUUUUGUCAUUGUGAUUAUGGUUGGUCGGGUCAUCGAUGCUCAAAUCAAGAUGUCUGCAAUUGUUCACCUGAUUCUCUUUGUCUUAGUACAUUGAUUUGUCUAUGUCCUCUGAAUAAAUUCGGUCCUCGAUGCUAUUUGAAGAGAAUUCCUUGUAGAUCUAAUUCGUGCAUGAAUGAUGGUGUCUGUGUGUUAUCGGAUGUACAUUUUACACAAAAUAAAGUAACCUGUAUUUGUCAGAAUGGUUUUUCAGGUCCGAAAUGUCAAUUUAGAGAUACUAACAUCAGUAUUACAUUUCGUAAAGUGACUAUUCCAUCUAUUAUAAUUGUUCAUUUUAUUGAAGGAUUUGAUAAAAAUGAAUAUAAAGUAGCAUUACCUAUUCGAACGACUACAUUCAAAAAAAAUUCCUGUUUAUCAAGAUUCAGUCAUAAUUUAUCGAAAUGCUCCAUUUCAUAUCUUACUUGCUGA